AUGACCUAUCCAACUGACACUCAUCAGGAAGAAGCGUGGCCUAAUGGAUGGGGCGAGCUAACUGAGCUAGGGAUGCGGCAGCAGUACGCAUUAGGAAAUGUUUUGCGUAGACGCUACAUGGGUAGUGCGAAUCCGUUCUUGGACAGGCGAUAUAACUCCAAGCAGGUGUACAUUCGAUCUACAGAUGUAAAUAGGACAUUGAUUUCUGCAUAUUCCAACAUUGCUGCAAUGUUCGCUGGUGGAGAACCUGGAAAGGACUUUCCCAACGAAACAGAUUGGCCCACUGGUUGGACACCGGUUCCUGUACACACACUCCCAGGUAACGAAGACCAUGCCGGAAAUGUCUUCGCUCCAUGCCCUCGAGCAGAACAGCUUGAUGAUGAAUUGCGGAACAGUAAAGAAUACAAACAAUUAGCUAAGGACAACGAGGCAUGUGAUCUCCUCGAGUACUUGUCAAAGAAUACGGGAAUGAAGAUAGAGCUGCCAAACGUCUACCUUAUCAACGAUGUGCAUUACAUUGAGACGAUCUACAAUAUGAGCCAGCCAGAAUGGAUGACGCACGAGGUCUCGAAAAGGCUCCGAAAUCUCACCUCCAUUGUCAACGAGUACACUUACGGCAUUGGGGAACCGUACCUGCCAGAGCUGAUCCGUUUGAGAGGAGGCGAUUGCACUAAACCAACCACAUGCGUUCCAGGGCCAAUGCUCCGAAGCCUCGUUGAUCUAAUGAAUCAAAAGAAGGAGUGUCUCGAUGACAGCAAGCAACAGAACGAAUGCAAAUGGAUCAAACCUCUCAAGUAUUAUGCCUACUCUGCGCACGAUACCACCGUGGCAGCGCUGUUGUCGACGUUCGGUGAUGAGGAGGAGGUGAUAAGAGGUGGCCUACCCAAGUACACCGCAUCUGUAGCGGUUGAAUUGUGGACCCUCGAAGGAGAAGGUCUAGCUGUAAGGAUUCUUUUCCAUGGUGCUUUUCAUCAUAACUACCAUAUAAUCACUCAUCUCACUAAAGGCUGCCCUGUCGAUAAAGAAUUCUGUCCACUAGAGGUGUUCGAGAAGCGUAGUACGCAGUUCAUGCCAGUCGACAUGAGGAAGGAAUGUGAAAGGCGCCAGAGAAGUAACAGAACGAAUCAGACGUGGGAAGCUCGCAAAAUGACUGAACAUCGGAUGAACAGAAAAGGAUUUUCAUAG